AUGUACAAAUUAGUGAUAGGUAAACGAGAGUAUCUGUAACUUCGUCCGAAACCUUUCGAAAUUUCUUCUCGUAUAUUUUCGCGAUUCAGUCUGUUUACUUUAUCAAUCGUUCGCAUCGUCAAUUGAAAAUCAUCGACUGCGUGUUUUCCUUAGCACGACGGAACAUCGGCACUUGCAUCGGUGUUCGAACGUUUCACAGGAAAUCUUGCCAAGCUGUUAUCGACGCCUAUGAAAACCAAGCCAAGGAAACAUGUAAUCGUGACAAAUUUUCAUUCGCGAUCUCACGUCACGGAAACCGCAGAAACGCGCCCUUUCUGUUUCCGCAACGAUUCCUCUUUGAUUCAUCUUGCAAGCGUCAGCUACAUACAUGCUUUUCUUACACUUUGUGCAGUGACAAAUGCGCGGAGUAUGACGUCAAAUGCGAUCAGAGGUAUUCGGAGGAAGAAGAGCUCGCUGUGCGAGGUAAAAGUGGCUGUGAUCGGAGCACCUGGAGUUGGCAAAAGCGAGCGAGGACGAAUUACCUUCCACAGAAACAGUACAGUGGGCGGAUGGAUUACUUUUAGUCUACUCGAUAACCGACAGGGGUUCUUUCAAUUUCGUGAGAAAAGCGAAGGAAACGUUGGCGGUGGUCACACAAGUUGCCGAAUCUUUUCAUGAAUUGUGCCGAGAAGUUCUGGCAGCUAGAAGACGAAAUAAACAAUCCUUAUUGGAUAGAAUGCUUGGUAGCAAAGCAACGCGUGCUUAUUCACGAGGUAAAAGUGAUUCGGCGCUUCCGAAAGAUUAAUAUACAUACGUGAAAUAUAUAUAACAUUUACUCAUAUAUAGUUGUGUUUUAUAAAAUUUACAUAAUUUUAAUUACAUGUAUAAAUUUUAUAAAACAAUUGUUUUUAAAGAAAUUUACAAUACAAUUUUACGAAUCAAAAUUGAAUGAUACAUAGUUAUAUACGUGUACUUAUUAUUGAAAGUUUAAUUACCAAAGAUUUGUGUAACAUAAGAUCGUGUGAUGUUUUUUGACUUAUAUUUAUAAUAUCGUGUAAAUCACAUAAUACGUAAAUUUUAGAAGUUUCAUAUUACAAUUUUUUGUCAACAUAUAAUAUAAGCAAAUAGUUUUUAAUAUAGCUCUUUCGUGUUUUUUAAUGGAAGAACUUAUAGUUUUUAAUACCGAUUAAUAUAUGUAAAAAUUUUAUGCAAGAUAUAAAUAUUUCAAUCAAAAUUUCACAUUCUACCUUGCUACCAUACUAUAAACAUGAAAAGAUUAUGUAAUUUGUUCACUUCACGAGGCUGAUUAUAAAUGUAACUUAUGUGAGCAUUACGUAUAGAUAUGGAAUCAUGUAAUAUAUAUAAUUGAUCUAUAUUUAUUUUGUACUUACAAUGAAAUUAUGACAAUAAAUAUUUUACUUAUUUAUUAUAUCACUGUGAUAUGUAACACUAAAAUCUUAACUGCAAAAUAGACGGUUUUUCUUACAUAAUAAUGUUCAUAAAAAGUUAUGGUAAUAAGAUAUUCUUAUUUCUCUUUUAACACCUAUGUCACAGAUUCACGUACUUACAAAAUUCAAAGAAUACUCACUUCGCAUCAUCAUACGUUUCUAGAACAUCUGCUAAAUGUUCAUUAUCCCUUGGUUUUUUGAAUUGUUUUCUCCUACUAAUAGGUUUCUUUCGUUUAAUCGGUGCUGGUUUUUUCGGACCAUGAUCUUGCAUAGAUCGUAUUCCUUGUUUCUCUAAGUAUUCAUCAAUUUUUUGAUCAUCCAUCGCAUCAACUGCAACAGCCCUCCAUAAUUUUUGAAAUUCAUCGUCUAUUGGGAACUGGGCCGUUUUAUCGUUAUAAAAUACUAUUUUUUUCUUAUCUAAGGGUCUUGUUAUAAAUAA